AUGGCUGCCAACGACCUUCGGGGCUGGGUCAUGAGCGGCGUCUCGGGCGUCGCUUGUGUACUCGGUUCCGCCGUCAUUUGCGUCGAUCUGGUGUUCCGGCAAUUCUCCCACCAUAAGAGCUUCCAGAUCGCUAACAGCAACAACUUCCUGUCGGCUUCGUUAUGUCUCAGUGCAGGGGUGAUGCUCUUUACUUCUCUCUAUAGCAUGCUCCCCACCUCGAAAGAGUACCUCACGCGCGCCGGCUUCUCCCCCUCCGCAUCUGCAUAUAUUUUGACCAGUCUAUUCGUGGCCGGUGUCAUUGUUAUCCGCGUUGUAUCCGGGUUUAUCCACCGCUUCAUUCCAUCGCAUGUGGUCGACUGCGCGCACAGUCACGCGGCGCCGGAAGAUGAUCCCGAACGCGGCGACGGCCAUGCGGGCGGGCACGAAGAUCACCACCACAAUACAAAUGGCCACACUGAACGCACGCCCCUGCUGCGACCUCAGAAAUCGCAAGGCUUCAAGUCAACUCCGGCGGUGUUUCAACGGACGGUGUCCGGGUCCAAUGCCGUGAAACGGGAAUCUCUGCGCGAUGUCCUGGGCCGGCGGCUCCGCUUCCUCAUGGGCGGCGUCAAGCCGUUGUGUGAUGAGAAUGGCCCUUGCUACGGAUUUUCGCAGACCUGCGGCCGUGAAUGUACAAAGGUGCUGGGGCCCGUAUUGAGCCCGCCACCCACCAUGACCGCGAAUGAGGUCAACCGGCCCACACUGCCACAGCAUCAGAGCAUCACGGUGCAGCAGGACCCUGGACGGCGUAUGCAGGCGGACAGCGCCAUCGACGCGUCUAGAACGGCCUCCGACAUAGGGUACUUCGACGCAAUUGGGGCUCACCAUCCUCUUCAAGAUGCGGCGGGCUCGUCCGGAUCUCAUUCGCAUACGCCCCAUUCGGAGAAUUACCACCAAUCAGACAUAAAUCAUGAUGCUCAUGCGGACGACGAUCAUGAUCACGACGCAGACCCUCACGACGCAGACUCAUCCCCAACCAAGGCUGUCGGCGACACUCACCAUCACCAUGUCCCACAAAACGCGUUCCUAUCCAUUGGCCUACAAACAUCCGUCGCAAUUGCCCUCCACAAGCUCCCAGAAGGCUUCAUCACAUAUGCAACCAACCACGCAAGCCCAACCCUCGGUCUUACCGUGUUCUUAGCCCUGUUCAUCCACAACAUCGUGGAAGGCUUCGCCAUGGCACUGCCUCUAUACUUGGCUCUCAGCUCCCGCUGGAAAGCCAUGUUCUGGUCCAGCCUUCUAGGCGGAAUCAGCCAGCCAGCCGGUGCCGGUCUCGCCGCGCUAUGGAUCUGGGGCUCCGGCCAUACCGGUUCUGAUUCUCGGGGCCCGUCGUGGGGCGUAUACGGAGGCAUGUUUGCCGCGACGGCCGGCGUCAUGACUUCCGUUGCGCUGCAGCUUUUCAGCGAGGGGCUCGGUCUUACCCACCGCCGUGGCAUGGGUAUUGGCUUCGCUGUGGCUGGUAUGGGGCUCAUGGGACUCAGCUUUGCCUUGACGGCUUGA